AUGUCGACUGGGCCAGCCGCGUCGGGCCAAGGCGUGCCGGGGUCUUCCGUCAAGGCCGCUCCUCAGCAGCCCGCCCCCACCGGUGCCGCCGCUAAAAAGCCGCUGCGCGUCCUGGCCUGCGUGCUGUGUCAGCAGCGCAAGGUGAAGUGCGAUCGCAAAUUCCCCUGCGCGCACUGCCUCAAGUUCAAGGUCCCUUGUGUGCCCGCCACGUACGUGCCGCGCAGGCGCCGGCCCCGGUUCCCCGAGCGGGAGCUGCUGGAUCGCAUUCACAAGUACGAGGACAUCAUGCGGCAGAACGGCCUCAAGUUUGACCCGCUCAAGGACGGCGUGGAAAGAGAUUCACCCCGCGAUGAUUUCGAUUCCGAUGACGAGCACAAGGUGCAUGAUGAGUCGUCGCCUUCCAUGACUGUCAGGAGUGACAGGGUGAACGAGGUCAAGAGCAUUUGGCGUGCCAUGGACCACGACCACGAGUAUCGGGACCCUCUUGACGAAAGCGAUAACGAAUCGUAUGAAGUCAAUAUCAAGAGAGCGUAUGGUGGGACCUACCAGAACAGUGAUCACUUGAUGUUUGGCCAGUACCAGUCCAUUGUUGAGCUGGCCACGCUGCAUCCAAGCCCAGUCCAGAUCUUUCGCCUUUGGCAGAUCUAUCUCGACAACGUCAAUACGCUACUUCGUGUCACCCACGCCCCAACUAUGCAGCCACGCAUCAUAGAGGCAGCAAGUGACUUGGCCUCUGUCGAUGCCAACCUAGAAGCGCUGAUGUUUAGCAUCUACGCCAUGGCCCUCCUGAGCGUGCCCCGAGAAGACUGCAAAACUAUGUUUGGGGAGUCGAGGGAUGUUCUCAUCAGGAGAUUCCAAUUUGGGUGUCUGCAGGCGCUUCUCAAAGCAGGGUAUGCACGGUCAAAUGACCGUGACUGCCUGACAGCGUUCCAUCUCUACAUUAUCACCCAUAGGCCCAAAGUCGACCCGAGGUCGCUACAUUCGAUGCUCGGGGUCGCCUUGCGCAUUGCCCAGCGCAUGGGACUUCAUAGCGAAUCUGCCCAUUCCAAGCGCACCGCGCUGGAAGCUGAGAUGUGCCGCAGGCUGUGGUGGUCGCUGAUCCUCUUCGACGCCCGCAUAGGCGAGGCUGCUGACUGGAAAUCAUCGGUGCUGGAACCCAGCUGGGACUGCCGGCUCCCGCUCAACGUCAACGAUUCUGAACUGCGGCCAGAGAUGAGGGUUGCCCCUAGUCCCCACAGCAACUGCAGCGACGCGAUUUUCGCUGUCGUCCGCAGCGAACUGGGAGAGUUCCUCCGCUAUGCUACCUUCCACCUGGACUUUACGUAUCCUGCACUGAAGAACAUUGCCAAAGAGUUUCGGGAUGGUUCGAUCCCCGAGGGCGAAGAGGUCAAGGCGCUGGAGAAGAUGAUUGAGGAGAAGUACCUUCAGUUAUGUGACCCGGCUAAUCCUCUUCAUUACAUGACCAUCUGGUCGGCGCGUACGACGAUAGCGAAGUUCCACUUGGUCAACCAGUACUCGAAGAUGGCGGAAAACGAAGGGCCGCGAACGCCGGAGCAGCGCGACCUUCUCAACGGCCUGGCCGUGAAAUGGGUCGAGAUCGACACCAAGAUGGCCGAGCCAGAAAUCACAAAGGGAUACAUGUGGUUCGCCGACGCGUACUUCCCUUUCCCUGCCUACAUGCAGAUCGUCUCGGACCUCAAGAGGCGGCCCACGCAGGACAGAGCCGCCCAGUACUGGGAGUCGUUGAGCGACAACUUCAAGGCCCGCUGGACCUUUGACGACGAGGACUACAUACCCAUCGUCCACCUGUUCGCCACCAUGAUCUUGCACGCGUGGACGCCUCGGGAGAAGGCCCUGGUCGAGAAGGGGGAGCCGGUGUCGCCGCCGUACAUCGUCACGUACCUGCGAGAAAAGCAGGAGAGGCUGGGCGCGGGCACGACGGCGGACACGGAGAUGCCCGAGUUUCCGGCCUCGCUGGAUGACCUGCAGAUGUCGAAAGUGCCGGACUUCCGCGACACCACCAUGUUCUACAGCUCGCUGUCACCGAUGGGCCAGCCGGUGGUGCCCGGGAUGCAGCAGGCUGGUACGGGAGGGAUGGACCUGGACGUGAGCCAGCUCAGCUGGGGCGCGUUCAACUUCAACACGAGCCCGAUGGGGUCGUUCCCUGCACCGCCGCCGGCGACGGGGCCAUCGCCACCAGGUCAGGGUCAUAGGGCCUCGGCAAACCCGCAGCCAUGGGGGUUCAAGUGA